AUGGACUAUGGUUGUGUAAACAUCUCGUUAAGUAUGAGAAGUGAUGGUGUAAAUACAGACACGACGGAUGCUGAAUUAAAACAUCGCGAUAUGCCUAUAGAAAAAUCAUGUCUGGGCGACAAAGACGUCGUACUAAAUGAAGACGAUGACAAAGAAAUCUCAGAGACCUCAUCGACUUUCGAUAUUAGAAACGUCGGGUUAAGUUCAACCAGAGGCUGUGCAGCCACGCGUAUUGUUCCGAUUGCAUUAGAACAGCUGAUAGGCGCCACUCAUAGCAACAACAAAAGUAACACCCGCUUCCCUUUCAUUGACGACAAUGAAGAUGACGCUGUUAAUGAAACCAGUGCCGUUACCACGACAACGCGAGACAACAUUCAUCUGGAUAUUGACAGGUGCGAGGCGAGUUUCAAGCAUGAUCCUGUGUCAUGUAAAGUUGAUGCCUCAGGAGGCCGUGGAAUGAGUUGCGAAACAAUUUCUGCGGACAGCGAAGAGAUGGGACACGCGCGGAGUUCUGAUAAGGAGACACAGACAAGUGUGCAUAUGUUGACAUUCACCGAAUCAGAGAAGGCCACAAGAAAACCCGUGGACAAGGAGACCCAGACGAAAGCGGCGGCAAAUGAAAGGGACGGUGAUGUAGAGCAGGCCAAAUCAACGAAACGAGGAGAGUGUAUGGAGGAACAUGGAGAUUCAAAUAAAGCAAUAGAAGAGGUGGCGGCAAAUGAAGGACGCGAUAAGACAGAGGUGACAAAGCCGACAAAACAAACAGCGUGUAUAGAGGACGGUUUAGAUAAAGUAAGAGAGAAGGACAGGAAGACCAAGGUAGGAAAUAGGGAGGAUGAAAUAGAGGUGGCUACGGUGAACAGCCACCCCUGCACCGCCCCCAGCAUGACGGCGUCGCCAAUAUCGACCAGGGACGAGCAACACACGAGCAGUGGCGACACCGGAAGUGAAGCGGCGCAUGACGGCACUAACUGCACCUCGAUAGGCAGUUCGGAGCAGGACGCCCCGGAGAGAGGACGUGCAGCAGCGAACAGCAGUCCCGUCCCUAGGGACCAGGCACCAGUCCACCGUGCGAGUGAUGCUGCAGUCCCUAGGGACGCAGUGAGUUCAGUGGGCAACAGGUGUGGUGAUGCCAUGCGGCAGAAGAAUAAAACCAACGACAACGACGCGACGCCGGCAGACGUCAAGUCCGUCAUCAUAGCCAACGGCGGAACCAACACGGAGACGGCGUCGGGGGCGGCAAAUGACUGCAAUGGGCACGUGAACAAUCAUCACCACCACCACUCGACGGCAAGGUCGAUCCUAAAAUCCGUGCUGAAGAGGACUGGCAGUGGGGGACAUCACAAGAAGAUUCCGGGAGGCAAGGCCGCCCCCUUGCCUGCACCUCCACCCCCACCUCAGCAGCAGCCGCCGCCCCCACAGAACCAGCCUGCCCCCAAGAAGAAGCACCGUGUUCAGUUCGACGAAUCAAAGAACAAGUUUUUCGACGCAGAUUAUGUGAUUCUGGUACGGGAGGAGGAAGAGGAGGAAGAGGAUGAGGAGGAUGAGGAAGGGGAAGUGGAGGAGGAUGUAGAGGACGGCGAGGAGGAGGAGGUCUGCACGUGUGGCGCCUCUGCCGAGAUGGGACGGAUGCGAGCCCCAAUUGUGGGGGCGGUAAGGACGCCGUCCCCAGCUGGCUGCAGGCGGCCCUUGCAGCCGCCAGGAGGAGCCGUACAGGUGCUACUCAGGACCCCAGGGAAUAUACCCAGGCGGGACGCCACGACGCUGGCUGGGGGUCCCGGAUUCGAUCUCAACAUCCCCGAGAACUGCACGUUCGAGCCACCCCUUGAGUUCAUCGAUCAGGUGACUCUGAGCCCGCCAGAGGGCUACAAGGACGUGGUGCGCCACCAUCAUCACUCUCCCGGAAACGUAGACGCUAAAGGGGAAGCGCGAAGCGACGAUGAUACUGUGACGCCGGAACAUGGGAAGACGCCCGCCGUGACUGAGAUCUCGGUCCACACAGAUUCGGAGCUUCAGCAGACAGCGCCUGCAGAGGCGGGGAGAUUUCCGGCUCAGCAGCAGCGCUAUAUCGUGGAGACCAUCACCAUGACGACGGUUACGGAGCGGCGCAUCGUGCGAGAGGCUGACCGGGAGCCAAGUAGGACACGAUCACCUCCCCCUGAUACGGACAGCAAGCUCAGCGGCAUCCUGAAGGGCGGAAAGUUCUGGAAGACCGGCGAGUCUCCACAGACCUCGUUCAGUGAGGCUGAUGACCAAUCCGAUGAGGUCGACAAGAGGUAUGUGCGUUUCUACGAGAAUCACGACGGCAACCGAACAAACGAUCAACCCGAGCAAUCGAGUCAGGAAGCAGAUACCAAAGAGGAAGAGCGCGAGGCCCGGCAGGCAGCAGAGGAGACGCCAACGAACGCCAGCCAGGAUCACAUGUCCGAAGAUGCGCGGGUGGAGGAUGCAUCAUCGCCAGAUUGCACAGAGCUCACUCUCACGUUCAAGCUCGGUCAGCACCACGUGCUAGUAGACAGCUUACAGCGACCUAACUCAGCAGUGAGACAACUGUUCCCAGUGUCAUCAAACGUCCUAGUACAACAUCGACCAACAUCUGAGGAACAGCCCGCCUCUCAAGACGUGACAGAUGGAGAGGAUGGUGACAAACGAAAUGAAGCAGGGCCACGUGGCGGUCAGCACCAGUUCCUCGUUACAGCAGACUCCCUGAGGAUGUUUGAGGAAGCUAAGAAAGCGAAGCUGGCUCAGUUUUACGGUACUUGCGGGGGACCUCACGACCAACAUGGCAGCAAACAGUCUCUCCUCGUAACGAGUGAUACGGACGAAGACGGUUCGAGGUCGCAGAUACGACGAACUAUUGAGAGAAACACUUUACGGCGGAGCCUGCUGAGAUAUGAACCUGGCAACAGAAACCGUUUGCGGGGCGGCGCGUCGAAGCCUAGAGCACAGCAGAACGAAGAGGAGUCUCUCGAGGAGCGAAUACGAAGGCUGACCUGCGAUCUAGAUGAGGAGGAAACUGAGCAGAACGAGGAAGCGAGUACGAUGGUGGAAGAGAUGGACGCAGAGGACAGGCAGGAGUGCGAAGAUUUCACGGAAAUGCCACCCAGGACGAGUCCUCAAGGGGAGGAGACACGUAAACAGAUAUCCACAGAUUCGAACGCGAAAGUGACACAAGAAAAUGUCUACCCAAGAAGCACUGCUGACAAGGCGACGUCCCCAUCUUCUGCUUCCGUGACAUCUUCAUCAUCCACAGGUUCCUCUACAUACAAGAAGCUGACGGAUCUCUUCGCGCGCAGGAACAACACCACCACGGAUAUGAGUAAUCCUGUAGACUGGAGUGGACACUCAGAUCACCAACAUCACCACCACCAUCAUCACCACCAUCAAGGGAUACCUCUCGACCUUGGAAAUGGUCUCCCAGCCCCGGCCACGAGUCCGGGCGACCAGCAUAAACAAGGUCAUUUUGUAGGUCCGAAGUGUGCGGUGUCUCGUACCAGCGUGACGUCGGAAGCAAGGAAACAGUUUCUGUCAACUCUAGCGCCAUUAGCAGCGUGCGUCACAUCUGGAGCCACACAUGAGGAGCAAGAAGACGGUGAAGGUGAGAACGGUGGCGGAGACUACUACCAUCAGCAGGUAGUCGUGACGUCACCACUGUCCGUUGCUGCGCCAGUGGAGAGGAUGUCCAUUGCAAGCAAUAGUACAAUGGCCGGAGAGGAGGAAUACAGCCUCGACGAUAUAGAUGAGGCCCUUGCUAAAGAGGAUCAGAAGGGUGGGGCUCCACAGCCAGACGUUGUGGCUGGAACUCCAGGUGGGGGCGUGGCAGAAAGUGCCGCCCCAUCAGUAUCGUCUCCUGCACCUGUGGAUGAGCUGGCACUAUUCGUUGAGCAGGACGCGGGUCGCAUCGAACGUAUUAAGAAGCGCUACAGCGACACCAACAGUAACGAUGACGACGAGCACGACGACUACGGCUUCAACCGACGUCCUUCGGUUCGAGGGAUCAAGCCCCGAUUUGGGUCUACUACAGAAAUCUUACAGCAGAUGCAGUCCCAGCUCCAGCCUCCUCCACUUCUGGCGUGUCCAGCUCGCAGUCAUGUAACAUGGCCUUAUCAGGAGAAUCCCGAGCAGUCGAAUUCGCCCACGGGAGAAAACUGUCCAGUACCUCGGCGUCGGGUACCCUUGGGACGUGGAACGGUGAUGCCGCCAGUCCAGGAGGAACUGGGGUCAAUCUACGGGAACUAUAGUCCCACUAGAAUACUGCAGGCUGUGUCGCCCACAGACAGGAAGGACCGGCGGUAUAUGCACCACGUUAUGUACCCAUACCAGCAGCAACUAAGUCCCUCCACGCCUCCUCAACAAAUCAUGAGAAUAGGUGGCGGGUGUGCAGACUACCACCAACUGGGAACGAGGACGCCCCCCAUUCAGCAUCUUCAAUAUCCCACAGCGUCGAACUCCCCACCCCCAUCAGGGAUCCCCAGGAACUACCCUGCCCCUAACGAUGCCAUGACGUCAGUGAUCCCAACCGAUGGGUCCACCCCUCCGCCAGUGCAGUACCAUCACUUCCCAGGGGGGUUCCAGAGCCUCGAUCGCAAUUCCUCCAACCUUGUGACUUACGGGCGUCGCAUGACACCCCCCUCCGGUGUCGUACAAAUGAGGAUAUCGCCAGUCACCUCUACCACGUCUCCGGUUGGGCUACACCACCAUCAGCCCCCACCGGCCCACGCUGGCGGCGGCGUUGUCAAGUUAUCCACGUUCAACGAUCCAAGUCUCACGGCAAUUAUAGAACCUCAUUAUAGCGUCAUGCCUCAGCCGCAAGCCUCGUCUUCCUCGCGAUCAAGUCCUAUAACGACAACCUCAGUGAUCAGAGUGGGACAUGGACAGCAGCAGACCAUCAGGGUGCCAUACCCGAGCGGCACCCCAGUGCAAGUGCAUUUGCUGACGCGCAGUGGCAAUGAGAGUCCCCAGAGGGGCUCACCGCUGCUUGCCACAAGGCCGCAAUAUGUGGUCGCGCGCGGAACGCAGACACCGGCCCUGCCAGGGGCCAUCGGUUCGUUGUACCAAGUGCCUCCCAAUGCGAGGUACUACACGAAUGGUGCCUACAUGCGGCAGUACCUCCCAGACUCGGUUGCUCAGCUUUCCACUUCUCCUCAACAGGGCCGCGGUCCCUUGCAGUAUAUUCCAGACCCCAACAGCGUUCCACAAGCGUUGUCUCCUGGUUCGAUGCCCGGUCCCAGGCCUUACAUGGUUGACGGCCCAAAGCCACCACAGUCAUCCUCUGGCGGACGGGUGUUCCCCGAAAUUAAUCAGCCCAACUUCAGUGCCGGAAAGGUAGCAACGUCUCCCGUACCAGCUCCCACAUCUUCCGUGCCAGUCCCCUUCAACGCGGGUUCCCCGACGAGGACAGCAGCUACUAGUGGAGAGAGGGGAGUUCCAGAAGGUGCUGCAAGCUGUUCCCCUAGCUUCCCACAGGAUGCAAUAUACCAGCAGGUACAGUCACCAGCCACGAGUGCUCCAAACAACAACAACAACAACAACAGUAGCAACAUCAUUCCUGAGAGCAGUGCUGCCACCACCUCGGUGUACUACGCUAUGAACGUCUGACAGGAGCAGAACAGCGAGUACAGCCACGCCUGCUUCUACUGGAGCGCCUGCAGCACUGCAGAGAAUUAACAUCCUGCUAACGAUAACUGAAGUCAAUGAACGACAAUUUGCCACAGCGGGGCGACGACUCACAAGGAUGGCCUAAAGAGGUUCUAUGUGGAGCCGUGGCUGGGCAGUGUUCAGAAGACUACAUUCUGGCUCAGGUUCAAUCCCAGUACAUCGAAACAAACUACACAUGGACAGGAAAUGGACAGAACAUGUAGGAGCAAUAGACGCCGAUAACACAGGAAGAGAGAUGUCCUAUCCUAUGCCUGUUUCAAUAUACACAUGAAGUAUUUUACCCGUUUACAAACCAAGUUUUUUUUUAUAUAAAAUAUAUCUCCACUCGUCUGUUUAAUCCCGAUUGAAUAUCCAAAGCAGUGUCAAUAUCCAGAAGAAUAAGAAAGUUUUCAAACCGUAUCUCACUGAUAAUAAAGCAACGCAACGGAGAAGUUCAUGGAGGUAGGCCUAGACCCACUGGGGCUGUAGUGCCAAGGAAAGAAAACAUGGACAAGGAAGCUUAAGCUGUGAAACUGCGCAUUUCUUGUGCUGGUGUGACAAUUCGUGACAUUCUCUGUGUAUCUUUUUUAAACAGAAUGGACUAAGAUGGUUACAAUAGUUCACGUUGCAUGGAGAAGUUGAAGCGGGAAGACUACUCAAUGUUUUAUAAACCAGUACGUUACAUUCCAUGUUGUAAUUAAGUUCAACUCGUCCACAAAUUGUUCCGUUGAAGAUAGUUUAUUUUAUAAGUAAUAACCCAGUGUAAAAAGUCGGAGAUCUUCCUCAAAUUAAUAUCUAUUCGGUUCACAUUGGUGUUGCAGACGUGGUGAAAAAAAAAAUCUUCAGAAAUCAAACUCAUUCAGACUACAGAUUUUCAAACGCUAUUCUAUUAUAAAACUUAUAUCACGGGACACUUUCAUUACACAAAAUGUCAAAGAAGUACCUGCUAUUUAUUAGCAAUGACCAUCACAACUGUAAUUACCGCAGCACGGGUACCAAUAUUUCCGUCACAAAUUUGAAAAAUUUGGAUUCUUCCUCUUUCUAACAUACGUGAAAACAAUCAAUGUACACGAAGAGAUUAUUGGAUCGAAGAUGAGCACACAUCCUUGCAUAUAGUUUUCGAUCUCAUUAUUAGUUUCCAACAAGAUGCCAAAGAUAGCGAAAGUACUGAUGUGGUCUUUCUCAUAUUUGGAAAGAUGACAAUUAUAAAGUAGUCUUAGCUACAUAUAAGAGUAGAUGAAUGGACUUUCAAACUGUUCUUGUCUGUAAGCAUUCAACUUCAUGUCUUUCAAAAGCCAUCCCCACCCCCCAAAACCCCCCUCCCUCAAAAUAUGAAAUUGUGUAUAUAAAUUACAAUGUCGUAUCAUAUAUUGCAGUAACAUAUAUAUAAAACAUAAAAAAUUAUUUACGUAAAUAUAUUUAAACAAAGAAUGAGAUUAAACAUUUUUUCUAUGGAAAGUUUCCAGUAAAGGACCAUUUCAAAGACAAUGGUCUCUCCGAACGCGAUAAUAAACGCAAGGGUAAAACCAAAACCGAGAAUUCUCGUGUGCAUUUAAUAACGUAAUAAUUUAACUAGUUCUAGGUUUUAAACAAAUUCAGUACAUACAGUGCCCGGCAAAAGUUGGUUAAGCACUGCCAGAUGUAUAUCUAUUUAGGAUUUCCACAUGAGAUGGAUUCAACAUUAUCCGGUCAGUGUCACCAGCUUUUGUACACACCUGUAUUGAUACUGAGAGAAUACCAAAUAAGCAGGUUAUUAUUAAUACAACAGAUAUUAUUAGUAUUAUAUAUUAUAAUAAUGAUAAAGAAAAUGUGCUUUCAAUUUUUCAUAUAUGAAUAUUGUGUCUGGGUGUGUACAUAUAAUCUGUGUUACUGUUGGUAAUGUUACCGAUAUUGUUAUGUCCUUAUAAAUGUUAAGAUUGAUACUUGUUCACAGAGGUUCUCACUAAGAAAAGCAACCCAUAGAAAACCAAAUUAUUCUAUAUCGAUUAACUAAACCGGUCGCAGCGGCUCCAAUAUUUACUAUAAUACUGAAGAAAAUUACGGACGGUUUUAAAAAAUACUUACAAAGCUAUUCUCAUCUCAGCACAUCCACUGAGCUGGUGGAAAAAUGUAGUCUGCAGAUGUCAAAUUAUUGUAAUAGAACCCAUUUCUAUUA